UCGAAAAUUUCGAGCUCCGGCUCGAAAAAUUUCAGCGUCCCGCCCACCUCCCAGUUUCGAUUCGGCUUUCUUCCCCUUAUGAACUAGAGCCGCCGCCGCCGCGGGCUGAACCAUUCUUCCACCAGGCGCCCAGAUUGGAUUCCAGACAGAGCAAACUGUGAGAAAUUUCGGGAUUUCCGCCCCCUUUCCUACCCAUUUCUUGGUGUUCUGAUGCGAUUAAGGGUUCUUUUUCUCGCAAUGGUGGAGCUCUAGGAUCAGCCGCCGGAGCAGGAGCAGGGAUUUGGGCCAGGCAAGUGAGGAACGCGUUGCUACCAGCAGAUUUUGGGGCUGCUGCCGUGGUCGCCGGAGGGAGGGAGCGGCGCCGCCGCGCGGGGGCUUCGGUCGCCCACCGGCCGCCGUCAGGGCCCCGAGAUGCCUGACGAGUCCAGGGACGGCAGGAGGGCGGCUCUCGCCGACCUCUCCGGCGGGAUUGGGGGCGGAGGGUUCUUCAUCAGGAGGGUGGCCUCGCCGGGAGCACUGGCGGCGAGGGGCAUCCGUAAGCCGCUGGCGCGGCGGUAUAUUUCGCCUUCGAGGAACAAGGAGAACCUGCUGCCGGUUUGGGCCACGCCGAUGAAGAGGAGGAGCCCGCUUCCCGAAUGGUAUCCCAGGACGCCGCUCCGUGACAUCACGGCAAUUGCAAGGGCUAUUCAGAGAAGCCGUUUAAGGAUUGCUGCUGCACAGCAGCAAAGUCAAAGGCCUGAGCAGUCUCCGCAAUCUGUAAACAUGACUACUACUCCAGGACAAGCAGAGCAGAACGCACCUCACAGCGCUGAUGCUUCCCUGGCAGUUGCCUCUGGUUCUGGCUCAACUGAAAGAGAAACUGUAGCAAGCCCUGCAACUACCUUGGCUGGUGACAAUCUCAGGGUGCAUUCCUCACCAGUGGAAAGCUCAUUGGAGACUCCAUCCAAACCAAUGGAUCCUGCCCUUGCUGGCAUUGUUGAGAAGAAACUGUCCAGCUCAAUAGAGAAGAUAGAGAAGUUGGUGAGGAGAAACCUGAAGCGAACACCAAAGGCUGCUCAGGCCUCAAGGAAGGCCAACCGGAGGCGCAAUCUGAUGUCCAUGCGAUGAAUUGGCUGCUGUAAUCCAUGGUGGGGGGAGAGGUGAAAGUCCACCUCAGGCUUCUCCUCCUUCCCCUUGUCUGCUGCUUCCAUAGCUGCUAGUUUAACCUGCCAAUAUGCUGUCACUGCUGCUCUUCUUCCAACAUGGUGCCAAGGAGCCUUCCUGGUUUUCUUCUCAGAGGACCAAAGAAAAUGUGUCUAUUGGCUCUUUGUUUGAGAUUCUAGGGUUUGCAGCUGCUAGUGUGAGGUGUCAUGUGGUCCAUGCUACUGUUGUAUAAUUAUGUUUACUUUUCUGUGUAUCCCAGUGGGUGGUUGAACAGAUGAAUCUUGAGUUUUCGUCUGUUCUGCAAUAUUACCAUAGCCCCUCCCCGUAGUGUCUGAAUGUUUUCUGCUGUGGCUGCUUGUAUGGAGUUUAUGUUGUGUAAGUACCAUGAAAAAUAUAGCAGUGUCAAAUCUUUCUAUAACCA